AUGGCACCAACUGUAAAAGGAGGUAUUUGGAAAAAUGUCGAAGAUGAGAUAUUAAAAGCAGCUGUAAGUAAAUAUGGAAAAAAUCAAUGGGCACGAAUUAGUAGUCUUCUUGUUCGUAAAACUGCUAAACAAUGUAAAGCACGAUGGUAUGAAUGGCUUGAUCCAGGGAUUAAAAAAAUUGAAUGGACAAAAGAAGAGGAUGAAAAACUACUGCAUCUUGCAAAACUUAUGCCAACACAAUGGAGAACAGUUGCUACUAUUGUUGGUAGAACUGCUACGCAAUGCCUUGAAAGAUAUCAAAAGCUCCUUGAUGAUGCGGAGAUCAAAGAAUCUAGUUUUAAUCUCGAUAGUCUUAGUAAUGAAACAUCAGCACCAACAGCAGAUGAUGUACGACGUCUCCGACCAGGGGAAAUUGACCCCAAUCCUGAAAACAAGCCAGCUCUACCAGAUGCAGUAGACAUGGAUGAAGAUGAAAAAGAAAUGUUAAGUGAAGCAAGAGCUCGAUUAGCCAAUACUCAAGGAAAAAAAGCUAAACGGAAAGCGCGAGAAAAACAACUUGAAGAAUCUCGUCGGUUAGCAGUACUUCAAAAACGGAGGGAAUUAAAGGCAGCAGGAAUUAACAUCCGACUCCAUCAUCGAAAAAAAGGACAGAUGGACUACAAUGCAGACAUACCAUUUGAAAAAAAGCCUGCACUUGGAUUUUACGAUACAACGGAAGAACAAUUAAUUAAUGAAACACUUAAAAACAAUAUAGAUUUACAUCAACUUGAAGAAAAAAAAAAGGAUCAGGAGGAUUCAGAUAAAAAAAAACGUAAAAAAGAAGAAUUUAAUAAAUCAGCAAUAGCCGCUUUCCAAGCUUCUGAAAAUGCUAGAAAUAUACAAAAAUUAAAAGAUGUUGAGCAAUUUAGUAAGAGGAGAAAACUAAUAUUACCAGAUCCUCAAAUUAAUGAUAACGAAAUCGAUGAGGUCAUAAAAUUAAAUAAAGCAGGAGAAUAUGCAAGGUCUUUAGUUUCUAUGACAGGAAACCAGGCUACAAGAGGAUUCAUUGGUCAAUAUUCUCAUAUAAAUACAGCAGUUCCAAUAAGAACACCGCGAACACCAGCACAAGAUGAUCAUAUACUGAUUCAAGCCAAAAAUCUCAAAGCAUUAACCCAACAACAAUCCUCUUUAUUUGGAGGUGAAAAUACACCCCUUCAUCAAACCAUAGAAACAGAACCCAAUAAAAAUUCAUCAAGAAACACGCCAAUUGUUACACCUAAUCCAUUAGCUGUCUCACUAACUCAAAAUAAUAUAUCAAUUAAAUCUAAUUCAACACCAUUUAGGACUCCAUACAAUAAUUUUAAUAUUAGUCAAAAAAAUCUAAAUUUAACUGAAUUUGCAGAUAAAGAAGAUAAAUUAUAUGAAAAAUCUCAAAAAGAACAUUUACGUUCUAAAUUUUCAUCCUUACCAAAACCCUUAAAUGACUUCGAAUUAGAACUUCCUAUUGAAGAAGAUUAUAUCGAUAAGCCAAAAGAAUUUGAUAUUGAAAAAGAUGCAGAAGAUAUAAAUAAAGAACAUCAAAUACUUAAAGAAAAAAGAAAACUUUUAGAUUUAAAGAAAAGUAAAGUAAUACAAAAGGAUUUACCACGACCUCUGAUUAUUAAUAUGGAAUUACUUCUAAAAUGGUUAAAGACAACUCAAGGUGCAGAAUUGCUAAUUACAGAAGAAAUGAUAAAGCUUCUUUCUCAUGAUGCUUCAAGAUAUCCUAUUCUUAAAAGCAAAAUAAUAGGCACGUCUUAUUUUAUAGAUAAUAUUGAUAAUAAUUUUAUAUUUUGUGCCUACAAUGAGAUUCAAAAAGAAAUUAAACAAGAUUCUAUACCUAUUGAACCUUAUAUAAAAUUAAUAAAUAAUAAAAAAGAUUUAUAUAAUUUUGAUUUUACUUUAGAAAAAGAUUCAAAAGACUUAAAUAAUUUAAAAAAUUAUUGGAAAAAUAUUCAAAAAAUUAUGUCAAAAGAAGCAGAUAAAGGGAAUAAAAUUGAAAAAAAACUUGACAUUAUAUUAAACGAGUACCAAGUACGCUCUAAAAUAAUAUCAAAAAAAAUAUAUGAUUCCAUUGAAGCAAUAUCUCUUGCUAAACAAGAAUUAUAUUGUUUUCAAAACUUAAAUCUUUCAGAAAAAAAAGCAUUACCAAAACGAUUAAACUCUUUAAAAAAUGAUCUACAAUUUUUGAAGAGACGAGAAUCAAAAGGACAAACAAAAUACCAAUAUUUAUUGGAAAAAAAAAAGGAAUUUACCUAA